CUUCGGACCUCGAAGACGCCGCUGCAGCCGACCUCGAGCCUCCGCCCUAGCGUCGUCGUCGCCGCCGUCGCGAUGCCCUUCAAGCGCCGCAACGGCGGCCGCAACAAGCAAGGACGCGGCCACGUCAAGUUCGUCCGUUGCUCCAACUGCGCCAAGUGCGUCCCCAAGGACAAGGCGAUCAAGAGGUUCAAGGUGAGGAACAUCGUGGAGGCGGCAGGCAUCAGAGAUAUCAAGGAUGCCUGCGUCUUUGAAGGUUACGUUCUGCCCAAGCUUUAUAUCCUGGAGCAUUAUUGCGUGUCCUGCGCCAUCCAUCAGCAUCAGGUCCGUGUCCGCUCCCGUGAGAACCGGAAGAACCGUGCACCGCCGGAACGCUUCAGCCGCUUCAAGGAGGCAAGACCUGAGGGCCAAGCUCCACGUCCUGGUGGUGUCAGUGGUGGUCCGGGUGGUGCUGGCGGUGGUCUCGGCACCGGUGCUCCAGCUCCCAACGUCGCUAGCACCUGACUUGGCUUCCUAGCAUGAUGCCAGUACGAUGAUAUAGCUAGGCUUACAUGACCGUAUGGUUUCAUAUUCGUUGCCCUAGGCCGAACUAUAUGCUGCUCUUCUAGCAUUUUCCUCGUAAACUCUUAGACUCCAGCUGGUACCCGAUGAGUUCUCUACUUUUGUUCAGUCUACUAAGUAGAAGAUUUUUGUUAUAUUAACAGGCCAAAUGUUGAUCUUUUACGUAGGACCUACCUACUUUUUGAGCACCAGCU